AUGGAACACAUAACUUCACGAUCACAAGAUCUCAACGAGUUGUUGAGUUCACUCCCUGCAUGCUGUCGAUGCAGACUCAACCGCCGCCGAUGCGACACCCAGCUGCCCUCGUGCCAGAACUGCUCCAAAGCGGGGGCGGAGUGCGUCUUCUUCGACCAUGUCCUGCAGCGAAACCAGCCACGAUCAUAUGUCGCGACACUGAUCUCGCGUUUGAAGGAGAAACGGGGAGAACUGGCUGCCCGCACAGGCCAGGACUGUUCUGACCAGGGACCUCUCAGCCAUUCGCCAUCUCCAGAUUCUGGGCGCAUUCCAAGUAGAUUUGGGUUUCAGACAAGUCGAUACAUUGGGAAUUUAUCAUGUUUAUCUCACCCUCUGUCUGUUGUGAAUGACACCACUACAGAGACUGCAACCACGCUGGCUCCGCCUGCUUUGCAUGUCGAAGAAAAGUUAAGUAGCGACAUAAAUGAGGAUGUCCACGGUUAUCUUAUGAUGACUUAUAUGAACAAUAUCCAUUCUAUAUACCCAUGCAUUGACGAGUCACUGCCAUUUUUGUCAGCUGGAUGGCGUAUCAAUCGCGACCUCAAUUCGCUCGACGCCCGAGAGCUCUUCACGCUAGAGCUGGUUCACUCGAUCGCAAGCCAAUACAUCCUGCAGAAUAUCAGUACAGAUCAUCAGCGACGGUCCUACCGUGUAUUAGCCGACGAAUGCCACGCACGAGCCUUGACUCUAUUUGACAAGGCCGCUACGGACAUUAGUAUCCCCACGCUACAGGCAGUUAUGUUAGCCGCCUUGCAUAGUCUAUUCAGCCCGCAGCAGGGUAACUGCGGACAGCUUAUUGGGCUUGCAGUGAGGAUCGCAAUUGAGCUCAGUGUCAGCGAUAAGCAGAAUAGUAGGAGUGAUGAGGCCAAGAUGUUGCAGCUUUAUAGAGUAACGUACUGCAUUGAGAAUCAGGUUGCUACGGCUUUGGAUAGGCCGGCGUUGUUGCCAGAGCGGGUAAUUCGGCAUCUUUCACAGGAUAUUGAUACUCGCCACAUACAAGACACGCUCUGCGAUUUGUAUCGAAUACAGUCCCGCUUCCGCUCGACGCCAGAUGAGAAAGCCGCAGUCUCCUUAUCCCAGGAACUCUCCAGUCAUAUUGAAUAUAUAGAGGGAAAUACUAUUGACCAUGGGAAGGCUAAUGUUCUCGCCACCGCAUAUGAAACACGCCUCCUUCUCUCCCCGAACGACGACGAAGCCGCAGUGCGUCUUCUCGAAAUUUAUGGUCAACCAGAUUAUGUCCGGACAUUCCUAAGUCCGCAAUGCGCAUAUAGAGCGGGUGUGGUUGUCUCUACGACUGCUUCGAAGGGGUGUCGCUCUGCUAUUCAGGCGUACGGCCGGUGUCUGGUAUUCCUAGAGCAGUGCUCACGAACAUGGCCUAGUGCGAGUGCACUGAAGCAAUCACUCGAAUCUUUACAAUAA